AUGGAGAGCGAAGGGGAGGAUGGGCGGCCGCGAACGACGUCCAGUGGACACUUCGAGCCCGUCGACACCACCGCUAACAAUUCGAGUCAGUUUUUGACAUAAAAACCAUAAAAAAUAUGAUUUUUCUUGUCAAAGACCUCUUCCUUUCAGUCGACUCGUCGGUGAUGCAUGAUCGAGGCAUACCGGGACUGUUGCCGGCCACGCAGGCGUCCGAAAAGCAGAAGAAGGCGGUGAUUCGGUUCCGAGAGCACGAGGGCCGCGCCGACAGUCCGCCGAGCAAUCUGCACGUGCGUCGGGACAGCAAGACGGUGCACAUUGAUGAGGUUGGAUCGUUUUUUUAAUAAGAAGAAAAUUUUAAAGAGAAAUUCUUGAAUUUUAAUAAUUUUUAACGCUUUCCAUUGUUCAAGCCCUCAAAAUGGUUGUAUUUACAUGAUUGAUCAUUUUAAAAACCAAUGCUUAAAAUAAGAAGAUCGGUUUUUCGGCGUGCGAAAUCCGCGCGGAAAAUUUGCCAAAACGCCAGAAAUUUCGAGGGAAGACAGUCGGAUUUCAAUCAUUUUGUAUAAUUUUCAUUGUUCGAGCUCUCAAAGAAAAGUUUUCUGAAAAAGCACAUGGUUUGGCCACGAGUUUGAAGGCGGAGCCAGUGGGGGUCAGCAGCAAAUUUUUCAAAUAUCUUCGGAUUUUCAGGUGACAUCCCCGCAAUCUCUGGAAUACGACGACAGCGAGAGCUCGGACGACGAUGAGAUCCAGUACUGUGACUGUGUCGCCGCCGCGCUACAGCAAUCUUUGCCAGGAACGCCGGGACGAAAAGGUUCGCCGGCUGGGUCUUGCCACGGAAAAGUGGACUUUCUGACUUUUAGGCGUCAUUCCGUACAUGUCGAUCUACGACACUCAGACUCAGGCUCGUCGCCGCGGAUACUGGAUUCCGGGAGUGCCGGUGAACGCGAAGAUUGUGAAAGUGGAGAAGAACACCGAUCGCGGCAUCCAUUUCAUCAACACGCUUUUGUAUGUGGGAAACUCUGAAUAUUCCUUUAAAAAACUCACAAAAAGGGAACUUUUUCAGGUACACAAUCGAAUUGGAGCACGGUCAGUUCCGGUGGAGUGUCGUACGGAACUACAAAGAUUUCACGCUCCUCAACAAUCGUCUGAUGGCCCAUCGCGCUCGCGAACAGUUCAUGGCCCCCAUCAAAAGGUUUAUAUAGAUCAGAGAAUCGGAAAACGGGACUAGCUUCUCUUGGUUUCACAUUUUUCCUUCCUUACUCGUACUAAGUUUGGCUUUUUUCCACUUCUCACACCCUCAAAACCGUACUAACCUCCCGUUCAGAUUCCGCGGAAAAGUCCAUGAUGGGUAGGUUGUGCACCGCUCGUCGUUGUGCUCGUUUUGUACCCGGUCUUGCAUGAUUUUCAACGUUUUCAAAAAUCAAGGGAUUUUUGUGUGUUUUUCAGAACUCAGGAGCGAUUUGACACUUAUUUGGAGCACAUGGGAAUCGACAUCAUACCGGAUCACAAACCCGAUUGUCCGUACUCGAAUCAGACGUCGAAACGGAAGAGACAUCCAAAAUUGGAGGUGCUCAAAAGAGAUUCGGAUGGCAUUGACACUCCGAACAAGAUCAACGCGGCGCCGUUGGCUUCGAUGGAAUCACCGGGAGAUCAGGAAGAGGCACAGAAGAAGGAGGUGACCAUGCAGGAAGCGGUGCAGUCGGGAAUACUCGAAGAGCCCGACGCGACGGCCGAAGCGUCGCCGAAACGAUCGCGUCGCCAGCGCAAGAAGGACCGCCACACGCUGCCGCGCUUUCCGAUGAUGCCCGACUCGAUGGUGACGAAUCUGGAGCACCGGAAGGAGCUGCUCGAGAACUGGCUGCAGAUGGUUCUGCACAUUCCGAUCAACCGGAACCACCACGAGACGGCGGAGUUCCUCGAGGUCUCUCGGUAUUCGUUCGUCAACGAGCUGGGCGGCAAGCACACCGAGGGAUUCGUGAAAAAGCGGCCGGGCGGUGCACGCGUGUUCCUCGGCUGGAAACAGUGCUGCGUCAGGUACCUGUUGCCGUGGAGUAAGAGGUAA